AGAAAGUGGUCAAAGUGUCCCUGCAAAAUAUAUAUACAGUAUAUUCGUACAGCGUACUCCGAAACACGCGGGUAACCGGCUUCGCGUUCCUACUUUCCUAUUGUCUCGCGUCCAUAAAUCAAUACAGCGAGGUGAUGACGCACGAACCCAGGUGAGAACUAUUGGCAAGUGGAGAAAAUAACGAGCCGAAAAAUACAAGAGUGGGAGAAACGAGGACUUCAAAGACGGGGAAAAAUACAUAGAAUGAUAUGAGGUAAACAAGGGGAAGACGACAUAUACUCGUAUCAUUUCCGCUCUACACCGUCGCGUUGUGCAGAAAGGUGUUAUUGGGCUUUUAUAGUACCCAAGAAGAGGCAUCAAUCAAGAAAACCUGCGACGUUUUUGACUGGCCGGUUUUCUACAUCAUCAGCAACCAAACGCAGCUGCAAAUUUUCUCACGCCGAAAAAGAAAACCUUUCGAAGAGGAAUUUUCUUACCACAAUAUAUCUCACAUUCCCGUGAGGACGUGAUACCCAGGCCGAAAAAAAUGGGUUUGCCGCUGGGAUUGGACGCCGUUGUGCAAACGGUGUUGUUCCUGAACCAAAUGGUACAAUUGGCACAGAAAGACCCCAGUCUUGUCCUGGGUUCUGAAGCCUUACGCAGUAUUCCGACGUCACUUGACAGGACCCACGGGAUGCCGGAGUGCCGCGUCACCGCCGCCAAAGACUCCCUGCGUGACUUGGCCAAUGUGAGUCCGCAAUUGGGGCGAUCCGACAAUAAUAUGCAGGCAGUAUUCCGACGUCACUUGACAGGACCCACGGGAUGCCGGAGUGCCGCGUCACCGCCGCCAAAGACUCCCUGCGUGACUUGGCCAAUUCGUGAAUCGUUUCGUCACAGACUAAAAGUGAAAUGCAGCGUCUCGUCUCCCGAUCACACAACUUUGCCGACAUAUGAUCCUGCUCUGUUCAAAGAGUUUAUUCCUUUCCGUCGUCUUCCAUCUUCCGACUUGGGCAAGGCAUUGAUCAGAUGCCGAUACUAUGACAUUUGA